UUGUGGUUAGGUGGUUCAAGUCGUUGACUUUUUCGUUCUGUUCACCGGUUUUGUUUCCGUGUAAAGAAUUUUUCUAAAAAUUCAACUAAAAGUUCUUUUCCGAAACGUUAUUUUUUUAUAAAAACUAAUGGCUGGAAACUUUUGGCAAAGUUCUCAUCAUCAGCAGUGGCUUUUAGAUAAGCAAGAUUUAGUAAGGGAACGCCAGCAUGAUCUAUCCAUACUACAGGAGGAUGAAUAUCAGAAAAUAUUUAUAUUUUUUGCAAGCGUAAUACAAACUCUAGGCGAACAGUUAAAAUUACGACAACAAGUGAUAGCAACUGCAACGGUAUAUUUUAAAAGAUUUUAUGCAAAAAAUUCAUUGAAAUGCAUUGAUCCGUUACUAUUAGCCCCCACAUGUAUUUUCUUAGCUUCUAAGGUAGAAGAAUUUGGAGUAAUUUCAAAUUCUAGGUUGAUAACCACAUGCCAGACAGUCAUUAAAAAUAAAUUUAGUUAUGCAUACACUCAAGAAUUCCCAUAUCGGACAAACCACAUUUUAGAAUGUGAAUUUUACUUACUGGAGAAUUUGGAUUGCUGUUUAAUUGUGUAUCAACCUUACAGGCCACUAUUGCAGCUAGUUCAAGAUAUAGGUCAAGAAGAUCAGCUUUUGACAUUAGCAUGGAGAAUAGUGAAUGAUUCAUUAAGAACUGAUGUAUCAUUAUUGUAUCCUCCAUAUCAAAUUGCAAUAGGUUGUCUUCAAAUAGCAUGUGUAAUUCUGCAAAAGGACCAUAAAGCAUGGUUUGCAGAACUGAAUGUGGAUAUUGAACGAAUCCAAGAAAUAGCUAGAUACAUAAUAAAUUUAUUUGAACUGUGGAAAACUUAUGACGAAAAGAAAGAAAUUCAGGGGUUGUUGAAUAAGAUGCCUAAGCCUAAACCAGCUCCUCAAAGAUAAAUAGAUAAGUUUUUCCAAAUAACAUUACGCUUAUCUCUGUAUCAUUCAACAUAUUUAUUGUUUAUGAAACCACAUGAUUUGUGAAAAAAAAAAAUUCAAAAUAAAGUUCCUAGAUUUAUGAAUUUGGAUGUUUACUUAAUAUCAAUGAUUACUUGGUUGUGGUAGGAGAUUGUGUCGUCUCAUAUUAUUAAUAACUCCGUCUAAUGA